CGGUCCAGCUCAUUUUGCACAACUAGGGACAGACGGAAAGCCACAGCGGGGGCUGCUUUGCCUAUCAAGUGUUUCUGGAGGCCAGAAGAGAAGAGGGGUGUUCCACACCCACACCUCCUCCUACCUCUUUGGAGGAGAGGGAGGACUGAGAUAAGGUGGAGCAGGGUGGGACUGGGGAGAGCCGGUUGGGUGGGAUAGUUCAGGCUCUGGGGAGGUAGGGCUGUACACGAGGAAACGUGGUAAAUCUGGACGCUGUGUUGGAAGGUGUCUGGAUUUGGCUGUUCCUGCUGUGUGUACUCAGGAUGACUUCGCGGGACCAACUGGUGUUGCGUGUGCUGCAGGAGCUGCAGGAAGCGGUGGAAUCCGAGGGCCUGGAGGGGCUCGUGGGUACCGCCAUCGAGGCCAAGCAGGUCUUGUCUUCCUUCACCCUUCCCCAGGGCCGAGAUGGGGGCCCCAGCCCGCAGGUGCUGGAGGUGGACUCCGUGGCCCUGAGCCUGUACCCGGAGGAUGCCCCGCGGAACAUGCUGCCGCUGGCGUGCAAGGGCGAGGGCAGCCUGCUCUUUGAGGCGGCCAGCAUGCUGCUGUGGGGCGACGCGGGGCUCAGUCUGGAGCUGCGCGCGCGCACGGUGGUGGAGAUGCUGCUGCACCGGCAGUACUACCUCCAGGGCAUGAUUGACUCCAAGGUCAUGUUGCAGGCCGUGCGCUACUCCUUGUGCUCGGAGGAGUCUCCUGAGAUGACCAGCCUGCCGUCGGCCACGCUCGAGGCCAUCUUUGAUGCGGACGUCAAGGCCACCUGCUUCCCUAGCAGCUUCUCCAACGUGUGGCACUUGUACGCACUAGCCUCGGUCUUGCAGCGCAACAUCUACUCCAUUUAUCCCAUGCGCAACCUCAAGAUCCGGCCCUACUUUAACCGGGUCAUUCGCCCACGCCGCUGCGACCACGUGCCCUCCACACUGCACAUCAUGUGGGCGGGCCAACCACUCACCAAUCACCUCUUCCGCCACCAGUACUUUGCCCCCGUGGUGGGGAUGGAGGAGGUGGAGGCCGAGAGUGUCACCAGCCUGGUCCCGGCCCGGGCUGCGCUGCCACCUCCGGCCAAGACCCUGGAGCUGCUGAACCACGAGCCGGGCCUUAGCUACUCACACCUCUGUGAGCGCUAUAAUGUCACCAAGAGCACCUUCUACCGCUGGCGGCGACAGUCGCAGGAGCACCGGCUGAAGGUGGCCGCCCGCUUCUCGGCCAAGCACUUCCUGCAGGACAGCUUCCACCGCGGGGGGGUCGUGCCUCUGCAGCAAUUUCUGCAGCGUUUCCCGGACAUCUCCCGCUCCACCUACUACGCCUGGAAGAACGAACUGCUGGGCAUGGGCACGGGCGCCUGCCAGGCUCUGCCCGCCCGGGAGGCGCGCGCCGGGCAGGAGCUGGAGGAAGCGGCUGUGGAGGAGCAGCAGCGGGCGCAGGAGCUGGGCUGCCCCCCGCCGCCGGCCUCGAGCCCUGGGGUGGUCUUCAUGCAGAGGGCCAAGCUCUACCUGGAGCACUGCAUCUCUCUGAACACGCUGGUGCCCUAUCGCUGCUUCAAGCGCAGGUUCCCGGGCAUCUCGCGGUCCACCUACUACAACUGGCGCAGGAAGGCCCUCCGCAGAAACCCCAACUUCAAGCCGGCGCAGGGUCUCGAGGCACCAGGGCCCCCACCAACGGCCUCUCUCUGGGAAGAGCCUCCGUCCCCGGGGAAGCAGGGCGAGGUGGUAGAGGUAGCCACGGAAGUCACGGGUGGGGUGGCCCCUGCACCGCGGAAACGGCUGCCCCCGAGGGCCCCCCGGGCCCGCUGGCAGAGGCGUCUGCGCCGGGCUGCCCGCAAGUUGGUGCAGAACGGGCUCCCUUUCUGCCGCUUCCGCCUCCGCUACCCGAGUCUGUCACCGUCUACCUUUUGGGCUUGGAAGAGCCUUGCCCCCGGCUGGCCACGAAGCCUGUCCAAAUCCCUGCGGGAGGCCCCUGCCCUGGGCAAAGGAGGGGGCCCAGAGGCUAAGGGGAAGCCCAGGAAGGAAGCUAGCUGGUGGGCAGCGACUGCAACGUCGCCAACAGAGGUCCGCCAGGCCGGGCCCUCUCCGAGAGAGGUUCCAAACGAAGUGCUGGGAGGGCCUUCCCAAGAGAGGGCGGUGGCCCAGGACCCACCCCAUGGUGGGUCCUCCUCCAGCUGUCGCAUCGCAUCAGGCGACGGCCAGGUGCUCGUGAUGGACAUGAUCACCACCACGAAGUUCAAGGCCCAGGCCAAGCUGUUCUUGCAGAAGCGCUUCCAGUCCAAGAGCUUCCCCUCCUACAAGGAGUUCAGCGCCCUCUUCCCCUUCACUGCCCGCUCCACCUACUACAUGUGGAAGCGGGCCCUCUACGACGGCCUCACGCUGGUCGAUGGCUGACCGGUGCUGGGGAGACUUCAUUGGGGCUGGCAGGCAGGGACAUGGCCCUCCAGCCAGGAUGCCCUUCGAGCUGGCUCCCACAGGGUUUAUGUUUCCUGGCUUAGGGAAGAGAGAGCCAGAAAUCCGCCACAGGGUUCCUUUCGGGGGAUCAGGUAUGUUUUCUUUUGUUGGUUUACAGUAAUUUGAAUUUUAUAUCACUUUGACCUUUUGUUUGUUUUCCCUUCAGUAGGCAGGCCGGGCCCGUGGCUGGUGUUGGCAGCUGUGAGUGUGUGUGCUGGCAGGGUGGUGGUGGUGGUGGUGAGCUGAAACUGCUCUCUGCUUUGUGGGGUGCAAGGAGUAUUAUGGUGUGGCCAUCUUUGAGGCAGAAUAGAUGCCCUCCAUUCCUUUGGGGGGUCAGCACCCUGUUCACUCCGAUAUUUUCCAGAGGAGCAUUGGGAUUACCAAGUGGGGCAGACUCCCCUUGAGCAGAAGCAAGAGUGUUCAGGAAGAAUCUGGUAACCUGUAAGGGCAGCUCACGGACUGGCAGAGGACAUGGUCUAGGGCAAGGCUAGUGGAAGAACCAGGCCCUCUUUGGGGAGAGAAGACCCCACUGCCCUCUGUAGCUCGGCUGGCUAAUGGGGAGGGACUCUGGCUUUCUGCUGGCCUGUCCCCAUUCUCAGAGAAAAGGGACCCCCAUAAUGGCCAGCAGGGGGCGAGGAUGCUUGAC